AUGGUCGUCCUCGUCGUUCCCGUCGUCCCCGCGUGUGCCGGGUUUGCUCCCCUUAGUCGCGCUGCUAGGCGAGCUAUACGGUCUACGCCGAGCUUUGCUGCGGCUAGAGCGCCCACGAACGAGUCGAGAUCCCUCCCCCAGUCUCCCCUGAGCAUUCAGGCCAGUGGUACUCCGAUCGGCGGAUCGUACGAACGACGAUCUGCCACCCGUACCCGUCUGGUGUUAGCCGCCUGCUCAGUAACCGAAGCCGUGAGGAAGACCGGGCGGCGGCAGGCCGACGAUGUGCUAGCUUACCUCUUUGACGACGUCCCUGACGUCCUGAUUGCGGGCCAGUCACUGCCAACCUGCUCGCCUAGCCCCAUCUCGGCCGCGUAUGGCCAGGACCAGCAGCUUCCGGAUCUAGGACCUGGGGCCGCUCAGUAUGCCGUGCCUAUCCUUGGCCCUCAUACUGUCUGGUGUCGGUGCACCUCCUCCGUGUCCUUGGCCCUCCUCGCUGCCUGCUCCGAGACGUCGGCUGCCGGGUUCCUGAUCCUUCACGGCGUCCAGAGCCGCCCAACACGCUCGCGGAUCCUCGCCUCGGCGAUUUGUAUCUUCUUCUGGGCUGCCGUGAGGGCUGCUUACCGGGUCUUCGAGCAGACGGUAUGCUUGUUUGUCGAGAGGUCCACCUCGGCCGUGCGUCGUGACGAUGGCGCCAGCCUGUCCCGGGAAUGGUCUCCAGCUCGCUUUGCGGAAGUCCUUCCCAAAUCACCUUGGCAUUCCACAUCUAAGAGGACAGAAGAGAGCUACAUGUCACGAUCAGGCGUCGGGGGGGCCACGCGUCUAGUUGAACUCUUCUACUUUGCGUAUCUUCUUUUAGCCCUGAAAAUCGAGGACGCUUUUCUCAGUGGGUAG